AUGGAUCCAACCUCGAAUACAAUAAGACUUACCGAGGUCGAACACACUUUUCCAAAUGCUCCUAUAUCAGAGGAAGACAUAUCAAGCGAAUCUGAACACGAGAUAGGCUACUCUAAGCCUAGGACAUCAUAUGGAAUUACCGUAGGCUAUAUUCUCUUCGAUGUUCCCGAUUCUGUAUGUAACGAGAUCAUAGCUCUCACGAUCGCCUUUCGAUUCUUUGCAGUAUUGCUGGCUGCGGAUAUUCUAUCCCUAUGUGUAGAACUCGAAGCCCCGACUGUCAAUCACAAGAUUCUGGGGCGAUUGGCUUUUAAAACUCCGAAAUGGCGACAGUUUACAUAUUUGGAAGAAUGGGCAAGUCUACUUCCUGCAUCGGUUGCGGCUGCAAUGGCAAUACCUCUGCUCAUGCAGGCUAUAUUGCAUAUGCCGAGCUUACCUGUAUUGGUAAUGUUAUUUCCUUUGGCGUGGGUUACAGAUAGAAUCAUUCUAGUUCUAUCUGGCUCCGUGUUGGGACCUACUAGAGGACAGGUUCUUGGUGAAACUGGAAUAGUCGUUCUUGCAUCAAGCAUUAUCCUUUACGACGAAUAUCGACUUAUGGUACCCGGCAUCAUAUUUGGAGUAGCUGGCAUCAUCGCUACCGGAGCAUCUAAAGCAUGGCUUUGUCUCGCUUGCAGACAUAUUGAACUUAACCGGACCCCUGCAGUUCUGUUGAGUGCGCAUCAUGGUUUCGUCAUUCUGACCGCUAUUUUUGGUCUCGUCAUUACCGGCUUGUCGAGUUAUGCCUUUGAAUUUAUACCUCACCCGAGCCCCCUUCUGAGCUCUACCUCGGCAUUACUAUUUAUCAACAUUGGCUCCACGGCUGCAGCUAUCUUGUCAGGAACUUCAUUGCUGGUAUUUUCUCCUAUCCUUUUUGCUCAGACGCCCUCAGAAAUCAAGGAUGAAAGAUCAUUUAUAUCGAAUGUUGUUGCAUCAAGCGCUUCCUCCGUCCUAAUCUUUUGGCUUUCGAUGUUGUCGGAUUCAGGAUCGUAUGUCUCUCUCAUUCAACACAUAGCAUACUACACUGCAAUGGUUGCUUUGCUUGCUUUUCCUGGGAAAUCCACCAAUGCCAGUCCACAUUACUACACCGGUAGUCUUGGGGAAAGCGAAAGAAUUUCACAAGACGGAAUGUUUCAGACAACCUCUACCGAAGUCUCGCGUCCCACAACCAAAAUGACAUUAUUGAGAAACAUUCUCUUAGGUUUGACCUUGCCCAUGCUCUGGCUACUUGUAUCAGCGGUCAUAACAAAUAUUAAUGAAAUACCCCCCGACCUCCCCGCACAAUUAGACAGAACCUAUGUUGGCGAGUCUCGUUUCGACAUUGUUGUUAGCAUGUAUGACGAAGAUCCAGCAUCUGUCAAAACCAUGCUUGCAUUAAUCAGAAACACGGCUCUUCUCAAAACAAUCGAUCCAAGAGUCAUUAUCUAUACCAAGAAACCGGUAUCCAAUCUUGAUACACUUCGGGCUGACACCGGUGUAGAAAUCGUCGAGCAGCUCGAGAAUCUGGGACGAGAAGGUGGCACUUACCUUCACCACAUCGUCACAAAAUGGGAUACUCUAGCCACCCAAACCAUGUUCAUCCAAGCACACCCUCACAAUAUGCGCGAGCUAAUCCCUCGCAUCGACAACUAUCUGGUUGAGAAUACGGGAAUGCUAAGCUUAGGCUUUGCCGGUGUCCUAUGCAACUGCGACGAUUGCGGUGAUCGCUGGGGCUGGGAAGAUCAAUGGGCAUUUGUCCCUUCUUUAUACCAAAAACUGCACCAUAACACGUGCACAGAACCAGUUCUGCUUUCGUAUAAGGGCCAAUUUGUAGCUUCUGCAGGGCGUAUUCGAGGGGUUCCUCUUGAUAUUUAUCAGAAUUUGCUCGAUGCAAUGUCGUCAACUACUGGCUGGAGCCAUAAUUCUUUAUCAUUUACUGCUGUAAUUCUUACACUCACUUUCCUCGCUGGCUCUGGCUUUGCCCUACCAACUCUGGACAAGGCAUUACUUACGCAUGCUGCGACUAUCAAUAUCACUCACAACUCCGAUGACACUCACAGAAUACCAAGCACGAUCAACACGGAUGCCAGCACCAACAAUCAAAUAUCAAUAGCCAGCCAACCUGAAGAACCAAUCCCAGGCAUCCUCCUAGUGCAAUCUUUACCCUUCCCUCACAACAUCACGCUCCCCGUCUCAAUCUUUCUCGCAAUUGUCGAGAAUUCUGAUUUGAGCGUUAUAGCCAAUCCCAUCUGUCCUGGUGGCCAGAAACCUUACACCUUGGUCUUCAAUACUCCCAUUUGUGCCAACUUACCUUCAUUCACCAUCGAAACCCACAGGCUUACAUCUGGAGAUAUCUGGCCACCCACCAAAUCAGGAGAGCCACUAGAAACAUGGUCCCUCAUGUUCAAAUGUGCUCUCUCCGAAACCAAGGCUCUCAGAAGCCUCCCCGAACCAAGGGGUCUCCGAGUCCUAAACGCCGACCGCACCCAAACCAACGUAUCCCCAAUCAUCAAUCGCAAUGAAGCAGGUCUCGUCUUCAACCCUCCUUCACGGGGUAUUCGCGGCCCGCAAGUAAAUAAGAUCUCCGUGGAAACAUGCAUUUGGUCCUCUGUUCGCGAAGCCGCCAUUGAACUCCGACUCCUCUACCCGAUCAAAUGUCCUGCAGGCCAACAAUCCUACACGCACCUUUUUACUCAACGAGAAUGUCGCGGUACAUAUGUUCUCUCUGAAGCACUAGGACUUUUUUCUCCCCUUUUUGAUCCCAGCGAGGAUUUCGAGGCGUGGUCCAUUUUGUUUAUAUGUGCCGACCGAUACCAUGAGCCCGAAGAGCUCGGAGUAUGGGAAACGCAUGGCAAAGCAGGGAUAUCAAGUGAAAUGAAACUUCGGGAUGAUGUCGACGAAGACGACGAAGACGAAACAGCCUCCACACAAACAUCCCAAGCCAACCUCACACUCACCACCACAUCCUAA